UGCAGCUACAGUAUGAUGCGCAACAAAGCAACACAUAGGUUAAUCGACCAAGAGCCAAGGAACCGCCAUUCCGCCCUCGAUGUUGCAGCGCGCAGAAACAUAGCUAUCGCGGAGUCCAUCAUUAGCCAGUGCGUCGAGCCCGUAAAUCUGCGAGCAUGUCAGCGAUGGUGGUAGAUAUCGA